AUGACGCGAUCUCCUUUUAGUGAACUUCAAGAGAACAAAAUGGAAGAAAGCAAGCGAAAAACUACGACAGGGAGUGUGUUCUGGGAAGCUGCUGAAGAGAAGGCGAAACGAGGCGAAAGUUUACAAGAAGCUUUUAAGAAAUUCAGAAAGAAGAGACAGGUAAACAUUGUUCUUCACUCGUAAACUGAAGUCUAACUUGUCUUUCUGUUUUGUGUUUUUCGUAACUGUUUUGUGCUUUGAAAUGAUUGCUCUUGACGUUACUUUUAGCUAAACUCGAUGUGACAAAUUGAAGUUGUGGCUAUUAGCAUGUUAUUUAUUUAGCAAUAAAUAAAACAAACUGAAAUACGUGGGAAAGUUGUUUUCAAUAAAUUUAUAGCACUAGGAACGAUUUCUUUUCUUGAUGUUUACAAAACACUGUAGAUUUGAAGAUGAAAUCUAAUUAAAUUGUGAAUAAUUACCGAAUGCGCUUGACAAAAUUUUUUUCGGCCAUUUGAAUGAGACAGUUUUGAAUGAUGUGAUCUUAUUAGCUGUCAUACAACCUGUAGAUAAUUUGAAGGAGCGACACUUGUCACAAAAUUGAAAUUUUUCGUUUAGGAAGCUGGGGAAAUUAAUUUCAGAUAGUGCUUUGAUCAAAUGCUUUUAUGUGGAAUGCCUCGUCUGUCUUCGAUUCAGUUUUGUUGGUAAAAUGAACCAAACCUUUGCAAUUAUAAUUUACCUUGCUCUACAAAGUAUGUAUACACAUCUUUAUAGAGGUGGUCUUGAAAAAACACGUUUGUUGUCUAGGUGUCUAGUUCAAAUGUUGCCUUGGAAUUUUAAAAUAAAAUUGUUAUGUUAUCAGCUCUGCUGUAGAAAUAUUGAUCAUUUUAUUGUGACACUGAACAUUGCAGAAUGCUAUACGUUUAUCCAAACAAGUUGAUGAGGAGACCGUAAAGUGGAGAGUUGAUCCUGUGAGAAUGAAUAACCUCCGAAUGAAAUUUGUUGAGCAGUGUAAGCUGUACUUUGGUGUGCCUUAUGCCAAGAAAUACCAGGAACCAGGAUGUAAGAUUCAAAUUUGCUAACUUUGAACUCUGAAAAUAUGUAAUAGCAGUAUUGCUUGUAAGAAGUGUGCAUGUUGUUUAAUUACAACAUCAAGAGAAAAUAAUUCAUAUAUCCAGGGUUGAGAGGGUUGCCUGUUAGAUUGUGAGUGAUGGGACUGUAAUACAAAGUAAAUAGCAUUAGGGGUGUGGAAUCUUCUCCUUUAUUUUGCACAUAAUGGGUAAAAUAAAUUUUCUAACUGGUAGAGCAAUGCUUUUACCUGUCAAAUCUUCAGGAAUUCCGAGUGAUUUUACAGAAGUGGGGGAACCAGAGGAGAUGCAAGUUUUUUUCUAUCAGUUUCAACAAUGUGAAGUGAGUUUGGGGGCAGUGUAACUCUACUAGGCAGUGCACUCUCUCAACCUCAACCUGGGGGCAACUUGACUCGGGGGGGGGACUGAUUGGAAGGGGAUGACAACAUGAGCUGUCACUGAGAUUGGUGAAAAGUUUUUAAUAAAUUGACUUGUUUCAGAGGAGUAAUAUUUGGCAAUAUACACUGAAUUUUUGUUCCUAAAAUGAUACCAUUUGGCUGUUUUCAACUUUAAAUCGUGUACAGUAUAUUAAUAGAACUGAAACAGAAUUUUGUGUCUCCACAGCGGCAGAGUUCAAUGCACCAUUCUUUCUUGAUUGCUGUGGUUUGAUCAGAAGGGUACUGAGGGAUCUCAAAGAAGAUUUUGGUUUUGAAGUUGGGCCAUGGAAUCAAGCCUACAUGGUAAAGAGUUGCAGUUGUUAGCAUGGGUUUUUAGGGGAAUAACAGUGAAACAAAUGGUAUAGUAGACAGACAUUCACAUUAUAACAAGCAGAAACCAUUAACUGUUUUAAUGCAAUAUAGUUGAUCAACCUUUAUACACAUGGUCAUAAUUAUUCUAACAUAGAGGUGAGACAUACCACUAAUGGUCAAAUUCUAAUGAUAGUAUUUUACAAUAUGCCACAGCAUUUGUCAUAGUUAAGAAUUUUUCUUCUCAUUUUUGCAGUACGAUACACUUCCUCUCAAUGUGGAGAAAACUGAAAACUUGAAGCCAGGAGAUCUUGUGUUUGUGUCAGGAAUUUAUCAUAAUCCAAAAUGUAGGUACUUUUAAACAUCUAUCUGCUUACACCAAAUAGAUAGUUAUGAUGGACAAAAUUUUGGCAGCACGUGUGCUAUUUGUCAUUUGCACUCAUGUUACAAUUUUGCACUUGUGUUAUAUGAAAAAUGCACUUGUUUUCAGCCAAUCAGAUCAUACUCUCUAUCUUUCUUGUAUAUUGUUAGCACUGACAGUAAUCAGUCUGAUUUUGAACUAGAGGUCACAAUCAUGUUUCUUAUGUAGACAUAUUCUUUAAUUUAUUGUUUUGUGAUUUUACUCUUUAAGCAUCACUUAGUUUUUAACAUUACUUGUCAACAUUUAUAUGUAUAUGUUGUGGUUAAUUUCAUCCUUGGUUCAAAUUUUAUUUUCUUUUGUUUUUGGGUAUUGUAAUGUAUGAUGAUGAGUUUGAAACAAAGGAAAAUAAAAUUUGAACCAAGGAUAAAAUUGAACCACAACAUAUAUAACAGUUAUUCCAUACUUGUGUUCUGGCAACUCUUAAAAAACUGCAAAACUUGUUUUGUUUCUCAAGGCUGAUAGACUCCCAAGUAUAAGGCGUAAAAAUAAUUGCUUUGUAUGGAUAGAUCAAUUUUAGCUUGUCUUCCUAACUUAAAAUUUAAUAGUUUCCCAGCCUGUUCCAUAGAUUGGCAAACUUUUAAGGUUCAUCAAGCCUGAUGAUGUCAAUGUCGUCCAGCAAGCAUGAAGGAGCUAAUGAACUAGAUGUCACUGAGUUGGUUAAGAUUUUAAAAGUACAGCAUGCCUGUAGGAGUUAUCGCUAGUUAGUUUGCCUUUAACUGACAGAGGUAAAUUGUGAUCUUGUAACUUUUAGCAAAGAAACAGCGUCACAACAUGGUCCAUGUUGAAGUUUGGGCAGGAGAUGGAGAGAAGACAAUUGGUGCCAGAUGGCAGAAGGGGAAGUAAGUUGACAUAUUCUCUGACUGAUCUUGAUUUCAGCUGAGGUUGUUGAAACAUCAGUGUACUCGUAAAAGCCCUUUUCAGGAAUACUUGUCCAUAUCUAAAGGCCUGCUCAUUCAACUUCUGGUAUCUUAAACCUUUAACAGUGACUAGCAUCUAAUUUCUCCUUACAGUGAUCCUGCUGAAUCAUUCAUUAUAAUCACGAGAAUACAGGAAAUGAUUGCCAACCCAAGAAGCUUUGAUGAAUAAGCAAAUUCUCCUUGUCAGUACCAAACGAAAUGUAUAGAAAGGAGUAUGGAGAAUAUAGAUUCUGAUGUUAAGCUGAUGACACACUUGGCCUUUUGUGUGUAAAAUUGCUGAUAUCUGGCAUAUGAGACAUCUGCAAUUUUUGCCAGAAAUGAAAUUGUACUGUGAUUGGCAAACAAAACUGCCAGAUGUGCCACUGGCUAAAGGGUGCAAAGAGUCAAGAUUCAUGGUUUAGAACAUAAGUUUUUGAUUUAUUAAUUUCUGGAUUGUUUGAUUUUUGUUUUGAAUGAUCUUAUCUUGAUGUUUAUUAUGUGCAGGGUUCAGUACCAUGACUCCUACAAAUUCAAUGCCAAGAGCUAUCACAGCAUGCAGUAUCAUUUCAAAUCCAUCGAUACUUGGUUAAUGGGAAUUUGUCAGAGCCACUGCCCAGAACACUCAUGGAAGCGCUCACAGUUUGAGCCAGGAAAGAGGUCCAUCUUUGCUGAAGAUCAAGGAAAUGAAACAGAAGAUCAAAAUGCAGAAGAACUUGCAGAUGAGGAGAUUGGCAGUCAAAUAAAUGAUGAUAAACAGAUGCGUCCUUGCAGCCUGUUGAAUGUUAGUUGCUCCCAAAAAGAGGAUCACAGUUUCCCUGUCAAAAAGAAUUCUAAUCAACAAGCUGUUUCCUCUCACAUCACUUCUCCAGAGUCAAACAAAUGUUAUGAUGCAGUUUCCUCCAAUCAUUUUUCUACAACUACAACAGCCCAACUGCUGCAGAGAAACUUUAACAACCUCGAUGAAUGUGUUACUUGGUUGCUGACAAAGAUAAGCAUGGAUAUUGAGAGUGAAUGUAAUGAUGCAAUUUCUGACAUGGAAGAAAUUGAGUUACAUUCAAGUCAUCAACAGACAGAAUAUUCCUCCUCAAGUGAUCACUACAAAAAUACAAUUCCAAAGGAUCACUCUGCAAACAAAACUAAAAUGGAAUCAACAAUGCAGUCAAACACUGACCAAGACUGUCAUUGUCCUCAGUGUUGUCAUGUAAAUGUCAACUGCAUACAUCAAGACUCUGGCAGUGUUAAUCGUUUUGAUGUUUCUCAAGACCAUGAUCAGAAUGACUAUGGAAAUUUAGAGUACUGCAAGGAAAAUUCUUCAUCUUUGGAGUGUUUUGACUUUAUUCAUACUGGCAUGAAUUGUGAUUCGUUUUGUAUAAACCAGUGUCCUAACAAUUCAGACAGUAAUCACAGUCGAAGCAAAUCCAGAAGGUCUGUGUCUCCUUCCAAGGCUACAAAAAAUGGGAAAGGUUGGUGUAAUGGACUUUUUUUGUGUUUGUUUUGUUUGAUGUUGAUUGACUGUAUAUCAGCAUUAGUUUGCACAUGGAAGAUAUUGUUCGAAUUGUAAAAAUCAGUUAAAAGAUAGCUAACUUUAGCCAGUUGAAAUAGACUCAAGUUAAUGAAGAAGAAUUUCUGCAGACUUGGAAAAGAUGGGGAAAUAAUGGUAAUUAGGUACGUUUUACGGCAGUUUAAAAAGUCUUGAUUCCAUGAGAGCUCAUCAUUAUGGUACAUUCUUGGGCAAGACACUUCACUAUCACACUGCCCCUCACAACCCAGGAGUGGGAAUGGGAACCAGCAAACAAGGGAUUAGCCUGGUAAACUGUUGAGUGUAACCCUGUGAAUUAAUUGUUUUGAUCAUUUUGAUGCAGACUCCGGGAGUGGUUCCUCGGGCAAUGGAAGAGGGAAUGGGAAAUGAAAAGAACAACAACAGGGACUCCUCUCGUAGGAGUGGUGCAAGAUCAGUCAGUAGUUACGUGAAUGGUAAACAGCCAAGGUUCUUCAUUGGAGGAGGAAAUGGAAAUUGGAUGUAAGAAUAGACUUAUUUAGUUAAUCAGACACGUUGAAACAAAGAUGUCUUCUGAGUAUGCAAAGAGGGUGGUCAUUCAGGAGACAUUGCUGCUCAGAGAAUUCUCUGCCUGUUCUGGUUAAUUGCUUAUUCUCAAUGAAUUAUCAAAUGGUUGCUCACUGAUUAUCAAUUGAUUAAUGACCCUUGGAUUUCAUUGAUCAUUGAUCAAUUAGUUAUGUGUGGAAAACACCUGGAAUUACUGCAGAUGAAUGUUGUAGAGUUAUAAAAACUUUCUUUAACUGACCAACAGUUUGCAUGCAAGUCCAGAAAAGCUGGUUGGGCUUUUAAAUGCGUUUCUGGAAGAGCCGGGAUAAGGUUAUGUCGAGUCAAUAAACAAAGCAUUUAAUGUGGAAAGAAUUUUGAGCGUUCUCUUUGUCUUUAGGAUCGAAUCAACUUUGGUUUCACUUGGAUGGUCUAGAAUUGAAGACAAGUUGGAUGAAUCGUUCAAACUCAAAUGGGUGGAGUGCAAGAGUCAGAUUAACUAUGAAAAUUUCAGAGAUGGUCAGUGCAUUAUCUGUUCCAUGAUUUGUUGCUGUUUUCUCUGUAUUCACGUCAAAGUUAGAUUGUGUAAAAUAGUUGUAUUAGGAAAGAAGUGAAAUGUUUCUGCUAGCCAUGAAGGCCCAAUAGUUGACAUGCUGGAUGUGAGAGUUUGUGUGGCCUGUAGGUAGGCCCUCACCAUUUGCGUCUUAGCACGAGUGUUUCUUCGCCCGCAAGAAAGUAUCAGGCCUGAGAAAGUAUGAAACCUUGAGCAACGCAGGUCGGCGAGAGGUGUGGAACGGGUCUAACGCUGAUAAUGAAGUAGUGCCAGACCCCCAGCAAACCUCUACCCAAAUCGUCUUAAACUUUCCGCGGGCGAAGAAAUGCGCGUCCUUCAGCGCCAAUAAUCUCUCCAAGCAGGAGUGUAACUAAGAAUGGGUGAACUGUUUGGUUGACUUGACAAAAUGCUGGGGGUAACUGCAAUUUAAUUAAGCAUCCCAUUCAGAGGAUUAGCAAUUCUCUUAGUCAGUUCGUUCUACAGAAAUCAGGAUGUGCUUUACCAGCUUGAACUGGUGGACUCAAGGAAAAUAGUUUAGGAUUAUUUGUUUAAUUCAUUUCAACACCAUGAAAUGGUUAGAUUCAGAAUCCUCCCAAAGCCAGAUUUUCCUAUCAUAGAUGUUGGCUUCAUGUUUUUCUUCUUCUUUCUGUAAUUCAGGUGAACAGUUGGCUAAUCACAUUUCCAACAUCAACUUGUUGACAACAAAGCUGGGUCUUCUGUGCAGCUUGGAGGAAUAUCAACGCGUGCAAGAGAAAAUGGCCAAGAACAAGUUAGUGAUUAUAACUUAAUCACACCUGCAAAUGACUAGUUUGCGAGUUACUUCUUCUAAAAGUAUCACUACUGAAUAAAACAACAAAAAAAAGAGUAGAGGGAAUUGUCAUCAACUGAAGUAGGCUCUUGAUUGAUAUACGAAUUCUCCUGUCAGAACCUUGGGAAAUGUACAGAGAACAUUAUAAAGAAAAUGCAUUCUGAUAUUAGGCUAUAAAUUGUUAAAUUACACUUGAUUCACUGCACAUGCAAGCUAAAGAGAGUGAAGAAAUGUGUGACAGUCAGGGAAUAAUAGAGUUUAUAGCCAUUAGUAGGGCAUGGGGGAUUGUUUUUAAGACGUUAAAUGGCCUUGCACAGCAAGCAACAUGAAAAGGUUACAAAAGUUGCUACCAUAAUAACUUGCUAAGCAGAAGUCUCUUUAUUUAUGUGCAGGCUAAAAUUUCCUCUGAGUGAGUUUGUCCCGGAAACUCACAAACUGAUGAACACAACAGAAAAAGCCAAGUUUGUGAACGAAGUUUACAAAGGUCAGUUAAAUCAAUCGGUAAUUUUUUUUUCUUUCUUUCUUUUUAAAAUUUUUAUUGUGUAUAAGUAGCCUGAUAUGUUUUAACUCAAUUGAAACUGUAGCAGGAUUUUUAUUUGUAUUAUACUUCUUAUCAAAAGCUUACUUUCAUUUAGAACUCUUUUGAGUGUCGUAAAACUGAAACUGAAGUAGCCAUGUUGGCCAAUCAGAACGGGGUCGACAUAUUUUCGAAUCAUAAGAGCUCUCAGUAAAUUCAUUUACCGGCCUAAAGCGCAGGAAAACGUUUGUGACCAAGUCUCGAUUGGCUUUAGUUUUGCAUUUGAUUGGUCGAGACGUUUAGGAGCAUUUGCUAGACCAAUCACAGAGCAUGGUGACUCAUAGAAACACCAACCUGAAUUUCUUUCGAAACUCAAUUGAAAAUUGAUCUAAAGAAAAAACGUAAUGCAGCAUAAAUAGCAGUUCUUUUUGCUCCUUCAGAAGGUGAAAUUUGGAUCUGCAAACCGACGGGUAUGAAUCAAGGAAAAGGAAUUUAUCUUGUUAAUAGCAAAGAGCAGCUGAUCGAAAAGCUUAACAUGAACGGAGGUGAUAAUGCAAGUGCUAGACGAAGUUUAUUGAGACCCCCACAAGGACGCGUUAUACAGAGGUACUCGUCUUUGUCGACUUUGCGUAAAAUGACGGAUUUCUUUUCAGUCACCAUUUAAAGCACGAGAAAAGCUCGGUUUAACGAGUGACUUUUACCGGGAGCUUUAAAUGAGUAACUUUAUCCGAGCACCGUAAAUCAAGUAUCCUUUGCUAAGGAAUAGAAAAUGAAUCACUUUUUCUAAGCGCAGCAAAACGAGUAAGGGCGGGAAAAUGAGGAACCGGAUAAAGAGCGGAUAAAGGGUCAACGUGUGCUAAGCGCGGGAAAACGAAUAACCCUUGCAAAGCGCGGAAAAGCGAGUAACUUUUACCAAACGCGGAAAAAGGGUCAACGUCUUUUAGGCGUAGGAACGCGAGUAAAAGGGCGUGAACAUGAAUUACUUUUGCCAAGGACGGGAGAACGAAUAACCUUUGCUACGGGCGGGAAAUUGAGUAACUUUUACCAAGCGUUGGCAAACGAAUAAACUUUUCUAAGCACUAGAAAAUGAGUAAGUUUUGGCAAGCGCCGACAAACGAUUAUCUUUUGUCACGCGCGGGAAAGUGAGGUAUUGGUAUUAAUGUUAAGCCCAGAAAGCUUUUUCUCAAGAAUCAUCAGCGAGUUUAACAGGCAUGACAGUGACAGACGAUUUGCAGCAGUUCUCACCUGAUUGUGAUGCAUAAUGAGUUAACAAAAUAUCUUUCUCUGUUGCAGAUAUGUGAUGAAUCCUCUCCUGUUAAAUGGCUGUAAAUUUGACAUUCGCACGUACAUGCUGAUUGCCAGUACCACUCCUUUCAUAGUUUUCUAUCAUUCGGGAUAUGUGCGACUCUCGUGUGUCCCGUAUACACCCUACAGUCCGGAUGCCGCUGGACUGCAUGCUCAUCUUACCAAUCAGGUCAGAGUUGUGUAAAGUUUAAAGAAACUCGCCAGCUUCUGUUAUUUGAGUAAAGCACUGAUGACUUCCUUAGGACAUAAAAUUAUCUCGCUCUACUUGAUGUUGAUGUUGCCUUAUUUGUGUUUUUCAUACAGUAUGUCCAAAAGAAACAUCCUUUAUAUUCAUCUAUGAAAGAAGACACUGUCUGGAGUUUCGAACGUUUGCAGUCUUACAUCGACGAGAAGUAUGCCAAGGAGAAGGAACUCCCUGAAAACUGGGUUUACACCACAUUUACGGUGAGUGGUUUUGACUGAUACUGUGAAUGGCAUUGUCUUUUAAAUGGGGCAGAUUUUGGCUGUAUGCAGAUGCGUUACGUUCAGUUGUUCUAAUCCUGCAAGUGUGCGUUUUAUAAAGCUGCACUUACUUCUUGGUUUAAGUUAUGAAAUGAUCAAUAUUGUGUCAAUCUCCUUUUCCUUAUUGCACCUUUAUUUUUCUCUCUUUAGAAACGCAUGCAUCAGAUCAUGACAAUGUGUUUUCACAGUGUUCGUCAGAAGCUUCACAGGAGAGCGGGAACAUUUGAUUUGCUAGGCUUCGAUUUCCUCAUCGACGACAAUUUUAAAGUGAGUCAAAUGCGUACAAUUAUCCCCAAAGUGUGCGUUGGAUAUAAAAUGAUAAAUAACGAAGAAGGCACGUAGCUUAAAUGUUUUUCACUUCAACAUGUCCAACAAGCGCGAGCAUGAUAAUUAUUCUAUUUAAAACCCCCAAAACGUCUCAAGCGGAGGCUCAUGUUACGUUCAGGUACCAUGUUCAGGUACCAUGGCCUGUAACCAAUCAAAACUUAGAGGUAGCAAGGCUUUAACCUUUUAACAUUGAGGGUGACUAGAAUCAAAUUUGUCAUUGAGGUAUCGCUGCUUAAUCAAACAUUAGGCUCGUGAGGAUUACGGAAAUGAUCGCAAAGCGAAAAAGAUAUUGAUUUUAGCGAAAUUCUCCUUGUCAGUGCAAUCGGAACUGUAUGAAGAAAAGUAUGGAGAAUGUACAUAAUGAUGAUGGGGUGUAAAGGUUGAAUAAUAAUCGUUGUUUUUCUGUGUAUUGUGCUAUUUGGAUGGACUAUUCUAAUCGAAAUAACUACAAGGUCUGCGCGGCGCACCUCAAAGCUAAAAAAAAAAGAUCGUGGAGAAAGAUGGGUUUUCGUCUUGUCACGAGCGAGGGACAAAAAAAAAAUUCUGAGUCCCCAUGAGGAAUCGAACCUCAAUCGUUCGGAUUUACCAUUUAUUAGACUUAUCUUCUUUCCUAUUCUUUAUACAAAACACGACGCUAUCGACAUAGCUGAUCCUAGCAGUAUGCAGGACGCGUGUGAUAUAUGAACUUCUUAAUGGGCCUUGCUCACCAUCGAGUCUCUGUGGCUCAGUGGUAGAGCAUCGGAGCGCGGUAUCCGAUUCUUUGUGUUAUGUUUUUCUUUUAAAUUUUGUAGAGGCAUAAGUUGUUUUUCUUUCUGCCUUCAGGUGUGGUUGUUAGAAGUGAAUAUUAACCCUGCACUUCAUACUAACUGUCAGGUUCUAAUGGAUCUCUUACCCGGAGUAGUUGACGAGACGUUAAGUAAGUAAAUGAGUUGUUGGUCGUUCUCACUUGCGGCCGAGAGCCCUCGCAAUUUACCGAUAUGGCCUUAAGGAAGUCUUUACACUAUUAAACUUAACUAAGACGGAUAAAAAAGGUUUUAAACAGGAUACAUAACCUCACUUAGCGAAAGCGAUUACAUAUUAAGAAGUCAUCCAUAGUUAUAAUUAUUAGACCAGUUUUGAAAUUUAUUGUCGUCAGUAAUCCGGGAUUACUUUGUUUUUGUUCUACUUAGUCGUUUCGUGAUUGGUCCAGAAAACUCGCGCCUUUUUCUCAGCCAAUCACAUUCAAAACUAAAACCAAUCGCGACUUGUUCACCCACGUUUUCACGCGCUUCAGGCAGUUUGCUUGUUUGUACUUUGAGCUCUCGUUGGCUCAUCUUUCUUCCUAUGAUUUCUUGUUGUGUUGUGAUUGCCUUGGUUUUGGCUUCACCACACUCAAUCGAAAAGUACUCAGGGUAAUUUAGUAUUAUCAUCUGAGUUGAUAACGUAAAUUGGCCACCGUAUAGAGUUUCAAAGCUGACGUUUCGAGCGGUAGCCCCUUGUUAUAGCUAACGUCAUAACUUAACGGCAUAACGUCAUCAUUCGCUCCGACGAAGGGCUAACGCUCGAAACGUCAGCACGUCAUCUUUGAAACUCUUUAAGGUGGACAAUUUACGUUAUCAACUCAGUUGAUAAUACUAAAUCACCCUGUUAUACUCUCCCACCGACGCAGCACCACAUUUUCUUUAGAAACUUACCCCCUUUAUUCAAAAACGCACUCGGUUGGAUACUUUUCAUUAAGCACAUUUUGAGACGAUUCUUUUGAACUGAGUGUUCUAAUUACUACUACAUUUGUUCUAGAACUUGUAAUCGAGAUUGCUGACAAGACCAAGAAAAGAGCUCCGGUUUUUCCUUUAGAAAAUCAGAAGGGAUUUCAAUUGUUGUACAAUGGAGAAGGCAAAUAGAACUAGAACGAUGUAAUUGCGAGCGACAUAGAUAUGAAAGAACUCAAGACGCCGUGCUUACGGGUCUGAAUUAUUGGUACAGAUGGAUCAUACUUGCAAAGAGCCUAUCCUUGAAAAAGUAAAAGGCACCGAUCUGGCCACUUGGCGUCCGCCAAGCAGAAUGCAACGUCAAUAAAAAUAACGGUUUGAAUAAAUAGAUGUGCAGCGAGUCAAAAAUUGCGCUGUUCUAUGAUCAUCGUGUCAAGAGUUACGUGGUUGAAAAAGGACGACGAUACGAAAAUGAACAGUGCAUGAUAGUUUCUGUGAAGAGUGAGAGUUUCGUGAUAAUCUACUUGGUUGUAGGUAUUUUUGGAGUGCAAGCUUAGAUAUGCCAACACAACGGUCAAACGUUUCUGGCCGCCCGCGCACCAAUUUCCCGCGCAAACUUUUAAAGGAAAACAUAACAAGUUACAGCUGUCUUGCAAAUUAAACGAAACAAAAUUGAAACGUUCAAAGCAAUCUGUUAAAGGAAUAAAAAGAUGGGGAAAUGGAAAACUCCAGACUUUCCGAACACAACGCUUCUUCAAGUACGGGUGUCCAAUUAAUUUAUCAGGUUGUUUUAAGCUUUACCAAAAAAGUUAUACGCUUUUAAAACACCGUGACUUACUGACUUGUGUUAUUGUAUGUAACUCGUUUUCAUGCACAUGCGCAUGAGGUUGUUGUAUAGACCGUGAAUCGAAGAUUUGCAUGUAAAUCUUCUUAUUAUUCUUCUAUUUGAUGAGUAUUGGUGAAAUUAUCCAGGGAUCGACUUGUCUCUGAGCACGAAAAUAUUUCGCCGUCUCUGCGAGUGUUAACAGGUGUAUCUUAGAGAAAUCCUGGUGAAUGAAGGUGUGUUUAUAUUUGAGUUUGAAUGAGGUAAUGGUAAAUGUGUUUGAGUUUUCCCAUUAUGGUUAAAGGAACAGAUGUUAAGUCAACUGUUACGUCAUAGAAAAA